AUGAUGCUAGCAAGCUUGGUCUUCCUGACUCUCUUCACCGGCCUCGAAGCGGAAGGCCUCCGGGAAGCGCCAGGAGCAGGCAAGAAUGCAACGAGUGCUUUAAAUGCCACUGCAGCGACACAUCCCCAAGAAGGUGCAGCUGCCACAGCUGCAGGCCAGGGCAUGUGCACAAAAGCCGACGAAACCCUCAUGACGGCAUUCGGAAGUGGCUCCGGGCAGAACAGCUUCCCUCGUAUCCUGUCUGACUGCGGCAAGAAGAGCUUCAACAUCUUCACGGGCUUCCGCAACAAUGAUUUUCUCCGCUGCCUCGUGGACAACACCCAGCUCGCCAGAAGUUGCGCAAGCUGCUUUUCCAUUUCAGCCCAGUAUGGUGCUUCCAACUGCAAGUGGAGCUGCUUCUGGGGCUCGUGGUGUGGCAAAGGCUGCCUGAACUGCGUCGCUGUCAAGAACGCCGAAGUCCAAGCGUGUGCCGGCUCGAACAUAGCCAUCCCAUCCACGAGCUCUUGCUAA